AAUAUUAUUUCCAUUAUUUUUCCACUGCUGCACUGCUGAAAAAUGGAUCGCACUUUCUACGAAGGGUGGCUAAUUAAGUCGCCACCAACAAAACGAAUUUGGCGUGCACGCUGGCGGCGACGCUGGUUCACGCUGAAGCAGGGCGAGAUACCCGAACAGUUCUGCCUUGAAUACUACACCGAUCACAAUUGCCGCAAGCUGAAGGGCGUCAUCGAUUUGGAUCAAUGCGAGCAAGUGGACUGCGGCCUGCGGCUGGAGAAUCGCAAGCAGAAGUUUCAGUACAUGUUCGACAUCAAGACGCCGAAGCGCACGUACUACCUGGCUGCGGAGACAGAAUCGGACAUGCGGGAUUGGGUUAACUGCAUCUGCCAGGUGUGUCACCUGCAUGACACCAAGCAGUCGAAUGAGCUGCCACUGGGCUCUUUGGGGGCAGACGAGAAUCGCACGCAGAACACGAGCUCCAGCGGUGGCCUGAGCAACUCCACACAAAAUACAACCACCACUUCGUUGCACUCUUCGGCGGGAACUAUCGCCGCUCAGGCUACGGCAACGGGGGGAGCUGCCCAAAUGCGUCGUCCGGUGGUCAUUGAUCAGCAGCCACUGCCGCAGAAUCCCGGCAACAACAACUCGGACUCGGUCUACGUCAACACGGAGUACAGCAAUCGCGAGACAAUGCUGUGUGAUGGAAACUUCGAUCAGCAAGACUUACUCUCGGCAGCACAACAGCAGCCACCCCCCUCGCCGGCCACAGCCCUCUACUUGAACCAUAGUGCGCUGAUCCAGGCUCAGGCAGCGGCUGCAGCCGCCGAGCAGCAGCAGCAGCAACAACAGCAACAGCAGGCUGCCCGUCUUGCGGUCAAUGCGAACGGAGUGGUGCGGAAGCUGCCAGAGCAUCUGGUGCUCACCCAACAAACCCUGGCCGAGGCAGCAGCCGAGCAGCAGCAUAGCAGCGUGCAGGCAUCGCCAGCCCUGAGCACCGCCUCUGGACCGUAUAUACCCAUUAGCGAGUGCUUCUCGGGCAGCCCCAAGUUCCUGCUGGACAACCACCAGUCCGGUACAGGCGGUCCCGGCCCAGAUGGGGCCAUACCAAACAAUCCCACAACGCCGUUGAACAAUUUGGAUCCGAAGUUCUACGAUACACCGCGUAGUCAUAACAAUAUUGGCCUAAAUCUGACCAAUGACCAGUCCUACUCCCCCAAAAUUACCAACUUGAGUCUGCAACAGCUGGCGGCUAACUCUGCUAGCAAGCAGCGUUCCGACUCGGACUCGGAGAGCGUCUUCACCGAUGACGAUGAGUGGGCGCAUCCCCUGCCACUCCGCGAGAAUGUGGAUCGCAGCACCAGACCCUCGGAUAGUUCCAUUGAGAACGAAUCAUUCGUGCUGACUUACUCGCAGCGCUUCUCCAAAAUGCCCGAAGAUGGUGCAGCCGUAGCUCCGCCACCCGACAAGCAGUCAAAACUGACGGCCGCAUCAUCUCUGGCAGAUGCAGGCGACCAUCGCACAUUGGAGAAGCUGGCCAAGGUGUUGAAGAACAAGAAUAAUCUCAUACUAGACUUUAAGGAGAAUGAAAAAAUCACUCGGGAUCUGCCGCAGCUUUCGGACACGGAAAACACAUCGCCAGCUAUUGUGGCCCGUCGGAAUGCAAGCUCCGGGUUUAUUGAGGAGAGCUACGACAUUCCACGCUCCCAUCAGCUGCCCUACUACAAUGUCAGCCAGCUGCUGGGCGAGCGACCGGUUACCAGUCCGCACAACAGCAACCCCAUUGCUGCUUCCACGCCCAAUUUGAUGGCAGCAGCCGAUCUGGCUGCCGGUGCGGUGCCAGUGGCAGUGGCAGCCAAUCCCUGCCAGACUCCGGCUACCAUAGCAGCCACCUCACCCACAAGUGCGCGUACGCUGCCCCGCCCGCACUGCUACACCAAUGCAGCCCCCACCAAAAUGGAGGGAAAUGUGUUUCGAUACGAUUUCAUCGAGCAAAUGGAUUGUCCGCCAGUGAACCGCAAACUGAAACCAAAGGCGGCCGGCACUCCAGCCGUGGAGGAUAAGCCCCCGGAGGAGUUCCCAGCCAAGCCGCCGGUGGGCGUCGAGCAUUUGACCAGCAAAUUGGGCGCGGCCCAGCUGCAGCCGAUUGGGCCGCCCAGCGUGGAUCGCAAGUGUAAACCAAAUGCGUACAAGCUUGGCACUUCGGCCACCAUGUCGCCGUCGUCGCGUCGCUCUUCCGGAGCACCACUCUCCAUGGUGCUACCCCACGAGACCGAUGUUCACUCGUCGGCGUUGGUUGCCUACUUCCAUGAGACGCGCACUCUGCCACGCCAGCAACAUCGCCCGCAUCCCAACAGUCCUGGCAGCCUCUCAGUGCAGCAUCAGCGCACAUCGUCGGCAGCAGCUGCCAUGAUGACCUCCUCAGGCGCAGCGCCGAAACAACAGCCGCCAGCGCAGGCAAAGCACAAGCUGCAGUACUUUGAUCUGGAUGUAACCAACAAGCCGCCCCUGCUCAAUCGAUCGAGCAUGAGUGUGGGAAAUCUCUAUACCCAGGGCGGGAACGCAGGCGGUGGCAUACGUCUAGCAGCGGUAGAUGCGGCCUCCGCCCGGGCUCCUGUGCCCAGCAGCGUGGUCUACAAAUCCGUGGACUUUGUCAAGACGGAUGCAUUUAAGCGGAUACGCGAGGAGCGCAACAAGGACAGCAACGAGGGCAAAUGAUUGAGCUUGGUCUCCGUCUACGUCUACCCACAUGACAGCGUGCAAUAUCUAAGGACCAUGUUGCGGAUCCGAACUCCUGUAGUGCCUACACCAGCGGCCAGCCCCCAUUCAAAAUGCUGGCCCACAACAGUGCAAAUUCAAUGUGGCUUUUACAUUUGUUAUCAUUAUCAUCCAUCAUUAUCAUCUCGAAAUGUACACCCCACCCCCUUAAAAACUUGCGAAACGAUCAUGAGUAUCUCUUCUAUCUAGUGAUAAGCUGGCACAUUGUGCGUUUUAUCUCUUUUAGUGUGCUUCCUUGAAUCUGCAAUCCUUGUAAUCUGCUGUUCGUUUCGCAAUUCAAUCGUGCUUCCAACACUUCCACAAUAUAGAUACGAUAUAUAUAGUCGAUAAGCGUCUGAAUCAAAAUGCAAACAUGACAAGCGAUUUUAGUGCUAAUUUUACAAUGCAAACCUUUUAUAUACACCAGCAACAUAUUUAUAAAUACACGAUGCUAUAGCAACGCA